UUGCUUUUCUCUGCGUACUACCACUGAUCUCUCUCUCUCUCUCUCUCCACUCUCCACAAUCUCAACUCUCUUCAGUCAUCUUGUACUCUCUCUCUCUCUCUCUCUCUCUAUAAAAGCAAAUCCACCAAGCUCAACUAUUCCUCUAGCACAACUUUAAUUUUCAACCAUGGCUGACCCUUACUCAAAUUUCUUCACUGGUUGGUUCAAGUUCAGUAAUAAUCCUCUUUAUCACCAAUACCCAUCUCUGAAUCCAACCCCAGCAACUGCUGCUGCUCAAGUUUCUUAUUCUCCUCACCACUUGUACACAAAUCCAUUUAACCAGACUCAGGCUCCUUAUUAUAACUAUCAAAACCCACCUCCUUCUCCUCCUCUCAGAGAAGCCCUACCCCUUUUGAGGUUGAGUCCAGAAAGGGAUGGUGAGAGAUACCAAGUACAAGAAGAUGAUGAUGAAGAUCAAGAACAAAUGAGUUUCAUGGCUGUGGAUGUGGACAAAAUCAACAAUAAUAAGGCCAAAGUAGAUCAUGAGAGCUUUCUUUCUUCUAGUGCUGCUGCUGGUGGUGACAAUGAAGAUGAUGAUACUGUUACUGUUGCACUGCAUAUAGGCUUGCCAAGCCCUAGUGCUGCAGAGAUGGCAUCUGUGUUGUCUUCUUCCUCGGAGGCUACUGACAAAGAUGGUGAUGGUGAUGAUUCCGGGUUCCCUUUUAGCAGGCUUAAUAAGGGUCAGUAUUGGAUCCCUACUCCUACCCAGAUUCUGAUUGGUCCUACUCAGUUCUCAUGUCCUGUUUGCUGCAAAACUUUCAACAGAUACAACAACAUGCAGAUGCAUAUGUGGGGGCAUGGAUCUCAGUACAGAAAAGGGCCUGAAUCUCUAAGAGGAACUCAACCCACAGGAAUGCUUAGGCUUCCUUGCUAUUGCUGUGCACCAGGUUGCAGGAACAAUAUUGACCACCCUAGAGCUAGGCCAUUGAAAGAUUUUAGAACCCUUCAAACACAUUACAGGAGAAAACAUGGAAUCAAGCCUUUCAUGUGUAGGAAAUGUGGUAAAGCUUUUGCAGUGAGGGGAGAUUGGAGAACCCAUGAGAAGAACUGUGGGAAGCUUUGGUAUUGUAUUUGUGGGUCUGAUUUUAAACACAAGAGAUCACUUAAAGAUCACAUUAAAGCUUUUGGAAAUGGCCAUGCGGCUUAUGGAAUUGAUGGAUUUGAAGAAGAUGACGAACCAGCUUCUGAAGUAGAACAAGAUAACGAAUCCAUGCAGUGAAGUGGAAGAUCAUCAUUUUUAAUUAUCUUAAUAUAUAAUUUAAUGAGCUUAUUUGGUUUGAAGUAAAAGAACUGUAUAAGCAUCCACAAUUACCGGGAAAGCCACUUUUUUUUUUUCUGCCUUUCUAUGUUAUUUCCCCUUUUUUUUUUCUUUUAGCGCUGUAGGAUCCUAUAAACAAAUCCAUCAUCAGGUUAAGGUAAGUUCUGUAAAUUCAUUUUGUUUCCAACUUUUUUUUUGUUUGUUUUCUUUUCUUGUUAAUUAUUAUUUUAAGAUCUUGAUGAAUCUUUACUGUAGGUCAAAUUUCAGCUCCUUGCAAAAGCAUCAGAAAAUUAUGAAAUCAUUCUUAGCUUUAUGU